GUGGGCGGCACCUCCACGUCGGCGUUAAAAAGCCGCGCGCAGGCCGCACUUUCCCCUCACUUGUCACCUGGACUCCGCUGAUGUUCUAACUAAGUUCGGGGGGGCAAUUUUUGUUGUUUUGGGGGGGUGGGGGCAAGUUUGCGGACCAUGCGGGAAGACGACGACUCCUCCCCGAUGGACAGCGCGGGGAACAGCGAGGAGGAGGCCGAGCGGCAGCCGCCGAGGAGAGGCGCCAGGAAGCGGCGCGCGGCCGUGACGCGCAGGAGCGCGGACGACCCGGACGUGGCGGGAAAAAGGACGACGACGACGACGACGUGCGUGGGCGGGAGCGCGGGCAGCAGCCCGGCGCGCUCCGGGGACGACGCGCAGACGCAGCGCGUCAUGGCCAACGUGCGCGAGCGCCAGCGCACGCAGUCGCUGAACGAGGCCUUCACGUCGCUGCGCGAGAUCAUCCCCACGCUGCCCUCCGACAAGCUCAGCAAGAUCCAGACGCUCAAGCUGGCCGCGCGCUACAUCGACUUCCUGUGCGAGGUGCUGCGGAGCGACGAGGCGGCGGCGGCGGCGGCGGCGGACGCGCGCGGCUCCGGCUGCGGCUACGUGGCGCACGAGCGCCUCAGCUACGCCUUCUCGGUGUGGAGGAUGGGAGGAUCCUGGUCCGUGUCCACCGCCUCCCACUAGUGGGGAUGAUCCGGAUGGGGCGACAGAGAGUCGGACAGCAAGUGCAGCUGCCGGGAGGACAUGUGCCGUAUUUCCCCUCACGCUUGCAAGGGAGCACUUACAGGACCAGACGGAUAUGAAGAAAGACCGCUAUGAAUGUUCGGAGGAGGGAGAAAAAACACCCCAAAAAAUGCCUCUCACAUUCCUGGAGACAAUGUUUCACAGCAAAUGGACUAUUUAUUUUUCUACUGGUGCCAAACCCAAAAGAGCUAUUUAUUUUGGGGUAUCACGAGAUAGCCUUGUAAAUAUUUGCUACAAUAAACAAAUGAAAGUAUCCUUUUUUUGGGGGGUUUUUAGUGUUCAUUGGAUUGUUCCUGGGGAAUGAUCAUGGCAACAAAGUUAAUCAAGAGAGUUUAUUGACUUUUGUCGCACCCCCCUGUGGUGCACCCGAAAGAAAACAGCUCAUACCUUGGGAUUAAUUCCGCAGUGUUUUCUUGCACGCGGGGAUCUGGGAAGGCCGUAAUUAGCUGCCGGGGAGUUUGAAAAGUGCGGAGCGGUUUGGAAGCAUGCGUGAUGGUCCCAGGUGGCCUCCCGUAAGUCACGGGUCGAGCAGAAGAAGAAGACUCCUUGCAGGUGCGGUCACGGAUAAAAGGGGUUUGGACACGGGUCAGGAUGCCAACUGGACUGCCAUUUGUACACCUGGUUCUAGACUACAAACCCCGAAACCAGUGAAGUUGUCACGUUGUGUAAAUGGUCAAUAAUACGAAGACUUUUGCAAAUUAUUUUCAAAUAUAUUCAGUUGAAUAGACUGCAAAGACAAGAUACUUUAUUUCCUUGAAUUGCCGCCGGGAAUAUAGUACUCGCCUGCCUAGAAUUACAGCCGGGUCAAACUCGUUUCGCAAAAUAAUUAGCGCAUGCUUGGCACUUCCGCCGGGUCAAAUAUGAGUCAUUAAAUGACUUCCGCCUCCUGGUGGUAGAGGGCGCUAGUGAUCCUUCUUGCGACUGCUGGUACUGCAGAAGACCGGUGCUGCAGAAGAAGACAACAAGCAGCAAGAGUGAGCAGCCAUUGUUUGCAUGCACUUUUACCAUGGAGGAUUACAUAUCUAAAAUAAAACCGUUUUCUAAACUGG